AUGUUCCAUACCUUCCAGGCCGCAAGCACUUCCAGUGAAAACACUACAGACGCGGUUAAGGUGACAAGGCCAACCGGAACAAGGCGAAUCACGACAAAUAAUGCAUGCGAGCCGGUUGCUGAUGCUGCUUCACAGCAAGCAGAUGCUUGCCAUUACUCAAAACCACCACCACGCGUUGUACUAUCCAAGAAGAUGAUGGAGGAUCUCUCGGCGUCUGUUGACCAAUAUCGCUCGGUCUUUGAGCGUCUUUUUCCAGGUAGAAACAUCGAACAGCUGGCGAAACUCUCCAAGGAAGAUCUCAUUAAUACCAUCGGACUACCACUAACAGAAAGCGAUCAUCCUACUCAGGUGUCAGGACUGGGUUCUCCGACAUCGACCAUGGGAUCUGAAGGAGCUGAAAGCUUAGAGACACUCAUACAGGCCCCAGAGCAAGAUCCGGUUGCCGAUGAGGCCACACGACAUCAGACCAGAGUUCAAGGUAUCUCCGACGACGUCAAUGGCCUAUCAUUAUCAUUGGAUAGACCAUCCUCGUAUGUGGGUGUCUCAUCCAUCACAGCUGCUCUCAAAGUCAUUUGUAGAGUGGCUCCUGCGACACGGAGAUUGCUAGCAUUGGGUCAGACGGAGACAGCUUUGCCCAGCCGUGCAGACUCGCCUUCCUUCGAGACCACUGGUAUCGAUAUCGGAUAUCUGCCACCUGCUGAGCUCGGACAAGUCUUGAUUGAGACGUACUUCAGCAAAGUGCAUCCACUCAUGCCUAUGCUAGACGAGCAACAGUUCUGGCAGACAUGGCUUUAUGGAGAACGUAAAGAUCAUGCUUGGCUGGCCUUACUCAACACAGUGCUGGCUCUAGGGUCUGUUAUGUCGUUGGAUUGUACCAGCAAUGCUCAUGAAGCGUAUUACCAACGUGCUAUGCAACUUCUAGAUUUCAACAGCCUUGGCUCUGGUAACACUCUCGUCGUUCAAGCUUUGGGUCUUCUGAGUGGCUANCUACAUAGCACAACUACAGGAAGACCAUCGUUAGGACAACCACAUAAAGGCAUCACAGUUCAAGUACCCUACGUCAGAGACAUCACCAAUCCAAUGACGGCGAAGUUCUUGCCUCUGAUGCAUAACGUCGAAUUCUGCAAAAUCGCUUCUCAGAUUCAAGACGCGUUAUCUGCUACACCCCUUCUACCCUUCGAGGAGCUCAAUAGACUCGACAAAGAGUUGCUGCAAUGGCACACUGACUUACCAGCCUCACUGAAACCAAAGACUUUGUCCGCCACCGGCAGUCGUCGGUCGAAACGAACAACAACCACAAACAUACUCGAGACCCCUAGCAUGAUCAUGCACUGGAGAUAUCAGAACCUUCGGCUCUUAUUACAUAGACCAUAUCUUUUAGCCACAGCAUUACGAAACGGUAAUGAGAGCUCACUUUCUGCAGAAGAGAAGGUAGGCAUGGGUAGAUGUCAAGCAAUCGCUGCUCAGACAAUCUCAGACAUUAGCGAUAUGUGCCGCGAAGACUUGCUAGAAGGAUGGAAUGGUGUUUGGUUCAUGUGA